AUGGCAAACAAAUCGAAUGCAGCAACAGCAAAACGAAAAGGCCAAAAUAGCAGUUCAAAGGCUAAAGAAAAGGCAACGACACCACAUGAUGACAUUGAAUCGCUCCAGAUAACCUUUUAUGAAAUCGAAUCAUGGAUUGAAAAGACAACGCCAGUGCUGACCCGUAUGACAAAAGAGCUUGAAAAGGCAUCUGGUAAUUUUGAUAAACGGCGUAAAGAGAACCAACAGAAAGCAGCAGCAUCCGGUUUAAGCCAGACGUCGCAGCAACAGCAGCAACAACAGCAGCAGCAGCCGCAAAUGCAAAUUCAGAAAACGUUGGAUACGAGAAAUCUAGAGCAGCAAUUACUUCAAUUCCAACAGCAGCAUCAACAACAACCGUUGUCAUGGAAACGUACGUUACUAGCUGGCGAUAUUGCUGAUGAAUCGCCUCCUCCAUCAACUUCUGUCAAUGAUCCCAUGAAGUGGAUCUUGUCUUUCCAACCAGGCAAUCUGCUAAGGCUGGACACCAAUAUUACCAGUGUAGAGCAGUUGAUUCAGGCUGUACAAAAGAUUAGACUGCUACAGUCAGAAGAGGCAGGACCUUCCAAUUCAACGAGCACAGCAUCGACGACAGCACUCGCACUUGCUGAAGACGACGACAUGGCAUUGGAACUGCUAUGUUCUUCACCGUCGAGCUCAUCCACAGAUCAGACACCAGAUGCCUAUGUAGAAUAUUGGCAGUAUGCAUUGGGAAGACGACCCAAGAUUUGUCUAGAAAAUUACAAGCACUGCCAGAUGAACCUGAAUGGCCUCACAAAGGACAUAUCACCAGCAGCACUCAACUAUAUGGGACAAGUAUUUUGGGAUUGUCUGCACCCCAAGUUUUCCUCUGAUUGGAAUUCCUUUUGGGAUCGAUCAGGCGACCCUAAACGAAACCAAGUAUGCAUCGAUUCUGGCCUCGCUAUGGUCUUUUUGCACGUUAUGCGACACGACAAGGACAUUUGUGUCAAUUCACAAGAAAUUGCUGGAUUUUACUUUGACCGAGCAAGAGAAGAGCUGAUGGAGUUUUUUGAUGAAACACCUGACUGUUCGACGAUCGAAGCACUAUUGAACUUGUCCAUGUUUUGCAUUGUGUGUAAGCGGUAUUCACAAGCAAAGAUCUUUGUAGGGCUCUGUCUGCACAUGGUAAUGGAAUGCGAUAUUCUCAAACUGCCAAACAACGACUUGAUUCUACGGAAAAAGUACCUCAAAUUACUGCUCAUCUUGUAUUACAACGACUCCACCUUAUCUGUGUACGUUGGUGAUCCACCACUGAUCAACGACACCGAAUUCGACAUCAACUUUUAUGAAAUCAUCACACUCAACGAUACUUUAUUUGAAUUAAACAAGACAAAAGACGCCAAUGACAGAAUCGACUUUGACAAUGGCAAAACGAUAGUGAAGGAGUCCUAUUUUGUGCACACGGUAGAAUUGGUUCGACUGACGAAAAAGACAAAUCAGCUUAUCGAGAGAGGUGCCACUGUAAAGCAGCUUUUGGCAGAGGAGGCCUUAUUGGAAGCAUGGUACAAACGAUUGCCAGAGAUAUUCAAACCUAAAAACUACAAUUAUGAGCAGCUGGAACAGCUCAAAUUGAAAAAGGACAUGGAAAAAGAUCUCUUCACCUCGCUGGACGCAAAGACAUUACAAGCACAAGCAUCACUGCUUCUCAAAAUACAGUACGACUCGCAAUGGAUUAUUUUACACAAAGCAAUUCUUAACAGUAUCCGACGCUCCACGACAGCUGGUUCAUCGCCUUCUCUCUCAGGGCAGGAACGCAGAUCAAGCACAAUUUGUUCGAAUUCAGCCGAUAGCAUUGUCAAGAUUUCGGAAGUGAUUACUCGUUGUUUUGGAUGGUGUGUGUGUCAGCAAAUCAUUACCUGCCUGUAUCACGCAUCGACGGUCUACUGUGGAAAUGCAUUGAUAAAAGACGACUUGCAGCUCAAGAACAGAGCAAAGAUUAUGAUACAUAGAAUCAUGCGUAUUCUGGAGUCGUGUAGAGUGAUCUAUGCUGGAUUUCCAGAUGACAUGACUGAUUGUCUAUGUGAAUUUUUAAAGAACCAUGGGAUGCACAAUAGCCUGGAAUGCUCCUGUAAAUCAGGCGAGGAAACCUCUCCUCCAGAUCUGGCUAUGGCUGACAUAAAGGAAGAGGAUGAAAAUACCCUGCUGGCAUCGCUAUUCAAUCAUAGCCAUGACUUUACAUAA